CCGUCUCCGGUCGGGAGGCGGGCGCUCCGCCAGCUCACAGAAAGUGCCACGACUCCACAGUCAGCGGCGAGUCCGAGUCACUGACUGAGAAUCUGGACGGCUGAAUCAGGACCGGAAGAACAGGACAGGACUUAGCAAACAUGGAUGUGUACGACCCUCAGACCCUGGGCAUCAUGGUGUUCGGAGGCUUCAUGGUGGUUUCGGCCAUCGGCAUUGCCCUGGUGUCCACCCUUUCCAUGAAAGAGACCUCUUACGAGGAAGCCCUGGCCAAGCAGCGCCGCGAUCUGGUCAAGACCCAACCCCCACGUGUCGACAAGAAGAAGAAGGCAUCCGAGAAGAAAGCUAAAGCCAAGAAGAAGGAGGAUAAGCCCAAUGGGAAAAUUCCAGAGCAGGACUCUGGUAUUGAGCCUGCUUCAGAGACCAGCGAUCCAGAACCAGAGUCGGAACCUGAAACCACGGCUGCACCUGAGCCUGUUCCUGCGGCCAAGGCCAAAGUUGUCCCCGUAGCUGCGAUCCAGGAGACGAAAGUGGAGGUCGAGGUUAAGGCUGCUGUAGCAGCUGCUGUUCCUGCACCUUCUCCAAAGGACAAGAAGAAGAAGAAGGUGGCAAAGGUUGAGCCAGUCCCUACUAAGCCAGUGGAGAUUCCUGUAGAGUCCGUCACUAAGGCACCAGCCCCUAAAGUUGCCAAGGAACCUGUUAUCAAAGAAUCUUCUGCCAAGGUUGCCAAAGAACCGGCCGCUAAGGUUGCCAAAGAACCGGCCGCUAAGGUUGCCAAAGAACCAGCUACUAAAGUUACCAAGGAAUCGGCUGCUAAGUUUGCCAAAGAACCAGCUACUAAAGUUACCAAGGAACCGGCCGCUAAGGUUGCCAAAGAACCAGCUACUAAAGUAACCAAGGAACCGGCUGCUAAGGUUGCCAAAGAACCGGCUGCUAAAGUUGUCAAGGAACCAGCUGCUAAGCUUCCUAAGGAACCUUCUCCUAAGGGUACUAAGGAUCAAGCAGCAAUUCCUGCUAAGGAACCUGCUGCUAAAGAACCAGCUGUAAAGGCUGCAAAGGAAUCUGCUGCAAAGGUGGGAAAGGAACCUGGUGCUAAAGAGCCUAACACUAACGCUAAGGCUUCCAAGGAGCCUGCUGCUAAGGAAGUGGCCACAAAGGCUUCCAAGGAGUCAGCCUCUAAGGUUGCUAAAGAAUCAAAAGCCAAUAAGGAAGGAGCUUCUAAGCUCAGUAAGGAGCCAGUGGUUACAGUGGUAGCAGAGGUGGCUCCGGUGACUGCUGUUCCACUAAAAUCUGAGGAAGCCAAGAAAACACCUGAAACACCUUCCAAAAAGAAGUCCAAGAAGAAGGCAGAGCAAUCAGUGACUGGGGAUGCAACGGAUGUUCCUCUGCUUUUGCCCUUUAAGACUCUGGUUGUGACGCUGAGCAGCUCAGUGUUCAAUGAGUCUGAGAUACAGAAACUUCUGGAGAUCAUCAGUGACAAGGCGGGAGCCGAUACUUGGCAACUGGCGUCUCAGAAGGGCGACCCCCUGGCGGCUCUGAAGAAGCAGUUGGAGGAGAAGGAGAAGACCCUGUCUGCUGAGCAGGAGAAAGGAUCUGCAGCCAAAGCUCGACUGCGUGAUCUCACCAAGGAGCUGAACACUGAGAAGAGCAAGCUGGCAUCAGUGGAGACGAGGCUGAGCUCCGAGCUGAGCGCCCGAGAGCAGGAGAUCGCUGCUCUACACGCUCGCAUGAAGGCCACUUAUGACGACCACACCCUUCAGACCCAGCAGCUCAACAGCAAGAUUCAGAGUCUGCAGGAGCAGCUGGAGAACGGCCCCAAUGCUCAGCUCGCUCGUCUCCAACAGGAGAACACCAUUCUCAGAGAUGCCCUGAACCAGGCCACCAGCCAGGCUGAGAGCAGGCAGAACGCAGAGCUGGUGAAGCUGCGGCAGGACUGUGUGCGUCUGUCCCGCGAACUGAGCGACUGUAGCGAUGCCAAGCAUGCUGAGGAGGAACGGAGGAAAGUUCUGGAGGAGAAAGUGGCGGCAGCUGAGGAGCAGCUAGGCCAGGCUAAGGCAGGGCCUGUGGAAGCAGAUCAGGCUCUUCAGCAGAGUUUGGAGAAAGUUAAAGCAGAGUUGCAGCAGGUCCAGGACAACAGCUCUGCCCUUCAGGCUCAGCUGGAGAAAUCCCAGCAGGAGGCCAGUAAGCUCACUGAGCUGCAGGAACGUGCGUGUGGUGCAGAAGCGCAGCUUAAGGACAGGUGUGCAGAGGUGGAGACUUUGAAAGCUCAGCUGGCUCAGGUACAGGCGAGCGCUCCAGUGCAGGUGGAGAACUCUGAAGAACUGGAGCAGCUGAGGAAAAGUUUGUCUGACCGGGAAGGGCAGGUGAGGUCACUGGAGGCGGAGCUUAAGCAGCUGAGGGAGGAGCUUCAUACAGCAAAGAGUGCACAUCCUGAACCCACUGCCAACAGGGAAGCAGAGCAGCAGCAGUUGAGUGCUGAGAUUCAGCUCUUACAGAACAGCCUAAAAGAGAAAGAUAGUUUGGUUUCUUCUUUACAAGAACAGCUGGACAGUACGAAGGCCGGAAUCAGUGAGGCACAGAGCUCAGUGCAGCAGCUGAAGGACAGUCUUGCUGAGAAGGAGAGCUGUGUGGCAGCGCUGGAGGAAGAGCUGAAGAAGCUAAAAGAAGAGAAGGAGCAGCUGGAGACUGCAGCUGACAUCGCAGAGGCCGAGCAGCCGUUUGAAAAUUUGGAGAAAGACGCUCGUUUGAUUACUCUGGAGGAAGAGCUCCAGCAGUUAGGAGAGGAAAUGGAACAAAUGAAGACCAAGAGCAAUGAGCUGCGAGAGAAGAACUACAGCGCUGUGGAGGCUCUGGCUGCAGCUGAAAGACUGAGUGAGGAGAGACUGAGCCAGGCCAGGAAUGCUCAGAGUGAGGCUGAACAGAAGCUGAGCUCUCUUCAGGUGGAAACCAAAAAGGCACUUCAGACAAUCUUCCCCCACCUUACAGUGGAAACAGAACAGAGUAACUGGUUGGAGACGUUCACAACAAAAGCUCAGGACACGCUUUUACACAACCAGCAGGAACCAGCCCAGCAACAGAACACAGAGCUAACGGACUCGUUGCAGAAGCUGAGGAAGGCUGAGGAGAGUCAGAACACACUGCAGGCUCAGUGUGACCAGUACAGAGCCACACUCAGUCAAACCGAGGGCGUACUGAAGGACCUGCAGUGCAGUGUGGAGGAGGGAGAGCGAGCCUGGAAGGCAAAGAUCUCCGAGGCAGAGGAACAGCAUCAGACAGCUGUGUCUAAGCUGAAGGAGCUGGAGGUGACGGUAGAGACUCUUAGAGCAGAGAACCAGAGCACAGAACAGCUGAAGGGACAGGUGAUGCUGCUGGAGGCACAGCUGGAGAAACAGCUGGAGUCCAUCAGCUUUAGCCAGACGUGCGCUCAGGAGGUGGAGCAGUUGAAGGCAUUGUUAUCAGCCUCCCAGAGUCAGCUGGAGUGUGCCCAAUCAGAAGCUCAGAAACAGAACGCUGAACUCUUAUUGGUGAGGCAGCAGCUGCAGGAGGUGACUGAGCGCGUGCAGAGCAGCGAGGACACGCAGUCCAGCCAGGUGAAGACGCAGCUGGAGCAGACAGAGGGACGACUACAGACAGAAGAAGGAGUCCGUCUGCACCUGGAACACAACUACCAACAGGCUCAGAAGUGUGUGAGGGACCUGGAGGCACAGUUGGAGGAGCUGAAGGCAGCAGGAGAAGGAUCCACCACUGAGCUAAAGGAGAGGCUGGAGAAGGAAGUGAAGCUGACACAGGAUCUGAACGAGGUGGCCGUGAAGCUCCAGCAGUUGCUGAGGAGCACCCAGGAGGAUCUGACCAAAGAGAGGGAGGCAGUGCAGAGCCUGCAGGAGCAACUACAGGAGAAGGAAGGGGAGGAGCUGAAAGAAGGAACGUCCGUGUGACAUCACAACCAGAGGGAGGAGAAACAGAUCUGCCAAAAAAUGCCUUAAUUCUUUAUUUUUUCUGUUUUUGUCUUUUAUAAUCUUUCAUGUACUGUAGAGAAAUAUACAUAAACAUCAAGGAGUUUAAAGGUUUAAAGGGAGGGGAGUGUCAUAAAAAGGGUCCAAAGGGACGCGAGUUACAGAGAAGGAUUAUGUUUUAGUUAAUGACUUUUUAUUUUUUUGUUGUUUAUUUUUUUUAAACUCUUCACAUUCCUUCAACUCUCAGUGCUCAGUGUUACAAAAAGGGCAAAGCGCUCGUGAUUUACGACGUGCGCCGAUGUGCAAUCACUCACUUUCCUUUCGCAAAAAGACUAUCCUUGUAGUGGAAGCUGAAAGAGAAGGAACAUUUCACGUUACGGUUGACGCAUUGUAGCCUUAUGUUAUUAGUAGUCGGCUGCUGACCAAAUGUGAUUUAAUAAUAAAAAAAAUUAUAUAAGGGA